ACAACACGAAGGACAUUUACAAAUGAACCUAAUGCUAACUGGGAAUAUGUCAUCUGCUCAGUAUAUAUUCAAGACAGCUGGUAUCACGACCAUCACGCCCCGAACGACUCGUGCACAUGUGCAGUGCUGAUCAGAGGUAGACAUCAGAAUCUGGCCGUACUUGCCGACUUGGUGCAAGAACGCCCCCAGGGUAUACGGAAUGGUGAGGAUCUUGCCCGUGAGGAGGAUGUUCAGGUUAUGUCGUCUACAUCAAUGCACCCUUCUGAUGGGAGCGCUUCUAGUCGCCCUAGUUGUCACUAACAUUCGUAUAUCUAAAGUCAUGGAUGCAAGUGGUGGCAACGUCAAGUCAAUGACUUGGGCUUCACAUGACCAAACCACACGACAUCAAGAUGUACGCCAGGGACCACAUGACCCGACUAUAGAGGCGAUACAGCAGCGAGUGAGACACGUACAGAACAGAUGCAGAGGGAUGCAGGGGCACCAGGGGGUGCUGCGGAGGGUGUAUGUCAGUGAAGGAACGAAACUGGCUUACUGCCCCGUAGCUAAAAUUGGCACGACCUUCUGGAAGAGAGUGUUCCUGUUCUUGAACAAUGACACAGGUCUAUACCACGUUCCCAGUCCUUUUCAAAUACCACGAUCAUUUGUUCACUAUGGCAAUACAACAAACACAAAGGUAUUGAAGAGGGGGCACAUGAGCGGAGCCAUACUCAACAAGUACACUCGCAUUAUGUUUUCAAGGAACCCAUACGCACGACUUUGGUCAGCAUAUCUGGAUAAAUUGUAUCUUCCAGAUUUCUGGAAGAAGCAUUCAGGUAAAAUAAUUAAAACACGAACAAAUAUUACCGAGGAAGCUUCAAAAUGCCAUAAUGAUGUCAGCUUUCGGGAGUUUCUGGAAUACGUUGUUUCGGGUUCCAAAAUACGUAAAAAUGAGCACUGGCAACCAAUUAAGUACAGAUGCGAUCCCUGUCAGUUCAGGCCAAACAUUAUCGGGAAAAUGGAGACAUUUAGUGAUGACGCGAGGUACACUUUAGAGGGAAAUGGUCGCGGGUGGAUGUUGAAGUCGUUUGACUACGACGCGUAUGUACGGGAAGAACUCACUACCCUUAUCGACUAUAACUUUGAUGUGAGACUGGGAACAUUUCUUUACACGUGUAUAAAUAAGACGGAACUCAUUAGAAGGCUAUGGACUGUUUUCCAGUGGAAUGGAUUCCUUUCGAACAACACUGACGCUACUUCUGUUGUUAAAAAGCUGACGAAAAUGCCCAAUAUCAACAGGACUGUGUUCAGAAAGUUUGUAUUAGACACAUAUUUCUCGGCAUCUAAGAUGGAGAGAAAAAAGUGGAAAAAUCAAAGACAAGAAGCACUGAUAGCGGCAUACAAAUGCAUUCCCAUUUCCUUGUUGAAAUCUGUCAUGGAACUGUUUAAAGAUGAUUUUGAAGACUUUGGAUAUAGUAACAUACCUCCUGGAUUUGAGUACGUUGCUCAGCAGUAGAAUGUAGGGAUCUCCCCGUGAUCUGCCAACACAAUCUAUGGAUUUCCUAGAGACGUGGUCUUUCCCGGUCCAGUUCUCAGGCAUGUAAACAUGUGUUUGGCAGCCGUUACAUGUGGAAAAUGUAUUCCUUGAUCCCUAUAACUUGAGAUUACCAUGAGGUAAACUGUAAUACUUGUUCCUUGAUUUUGGCUUGCUAAUGGCGACAGCUCGGACAUCAUAGGGCAAGUUGAAUUGUGACGACUGUUUCACGUUGAGUCAGUGGCUGUAAUGUUCACACCAGGUAGAUUGAUCAUGUCUGGGUAUAAUGUUCACACCAGGUAGAUUGAUCAUGUCUGGGUAUAAUGUUCACACCAGGUAGAUUGAUCAUGUCUGGGUAUAAUGUUCACAACAGGUAGAUUGAUCAUGCCUGGGUAUAAUGUUCACAACAGGUAGAUUGAUCAUGUCUGGGUAUAAUGUUCACACCAGGUAGAUUGAUCAUGCCUGGGUAUAAUGUUCACAACAGGUAGAUUGAUCAUGCCUGGGUAUAAUGUUCACAACAGGUAGAUUGAUCAUGCCUGGGUAUAAUGUUCACACCAGGUAGAUUGAUCAUGCCUGGGUAUAAUGUUCACAACAGGUAGAUUGAUCAUGCCUGGGUAUAAUGUUCACAACAGGUAGAUUGAUCAUGCCUGGGUAUAAUGUUCACACCAGGUAGAUUGAUCAUGCCUGGGUAUAAUGUUCACAACAGGUAGAUUGAUCAUGCCUGGGUAUAAUGUUCACACCAGGUAGAUUGAUCAUGUCUGGGUAUAAUGUUCACACCAGGUAGAUUGAUCAUGUCUGUCAGUUCAAAUAAAAUCGGUACUAAAUUAUCUAUUUUGUAACAGCAUAAACAUUUAAUGAAAUGUUGCUGAAAUGUUCAUUGAAUAUUGCAGAAAUGGGUUGUGAUUUGUAUUUAACAAUGAAAAUAAUAUUGAUCGUUUGGAUAUUUUAUGUCUUGUAUUGUAUAUAUGCAGCAUACAUCAUUGCAGGAUACAGAAAGUAGUAGGUGUCACCUGAACUGAUCAGUAGUAUCGAUCAAUGUUUGGCUUAUCUACAAUCAAUCAAUCUUUAUUUCAAGUACUGAAAAGGCCAUAGGCCUAUAGUACAUAUACACAUACAGUAGCAAUGAGUGUAAUAGGAAUUGCAUAUAUCGUAACUAAAUAUCACAUCUAUAAUGCAGAGGAUCUGAUGUUUAUUGCAUGGUAUAUAUACAUUGCAAGGUAUUUUGUGACUGUUUCAUUUUGAGAUGACAUAAGGAUAUAAAAUUUGUCUAUUCUAGGAUUCAGAUAAAAAUAUGUAUGUAUGUAUUCUUUUCUGAUGUUUGCAUACAAUGGACAGACUAGCGAAAAUGGUAUUCAUCCUCUAUCUCAUGGCAAGUACAAUAUUUACACAAUCUGUUUUCCCUUGAUAUCGCUAAAUGUCUACCUUUUUCUAUUAGAAGGUCAUGAGAACUACAUCUGAAACGGAAUUUCUUAACAUUUAUAUCCAAAAGAUAUUUUUCAGUAAGAAUGAAAGAUUUAAAACAAUUGUAAUGAUUUAACUUAUUGUGUAAACAGAGUGAAGAGUACCACUUUUGAAAAUACAUAUCUUUUAGCCUUUGUCUUAAAUUAUAUACGAAACGAUCUGGUACUGUUACAUGUUGCUCUCUCUAAAUGUACUCAUACCCGCAAGAUUGGAGUAUCUUUUUGACACCCGAGGCCCAGUUAUUUUUACCUCUGCUAUCGUAAAGAAUCAUUUCUUUGGGAAUCUGGUACAAUUUUAUCCAAUAUUUUAUUACGUUUAUGUAACUAAAUGUAUAUAUAUAUAUAGGGUAUCUCCCAAAUUCCCCGUAAACUGUAACAUUUGAAGUGUUGGAAUUUACUUCUAAAAAUCUUUUACACACAAAUAGAUGUACCUUCUCUAUUGUAACAGUUUCCUAGACCCCAUACUUCAACACCAUAGAUUAGAAUAGGACUGAUCUUUGUGUCGAAAAUCUUGAAACAAGUGUCAUACCUAAUAUUUCCAAGGGGUUUUAGGUUUGUGAAAUGACAAUUAAAAUAUUUUUGGCUUGCAGUGCGGCUUUAUCGCAAUGCAUUGACCAAGUUAGUCGAUUUGUAAAAUGUACCCCCAAAUAUUUGUAACUUCUUACAACCUCAAGUUUUUUACCUUUAUAUGACCAUUUUUUCUCGUUUUGAUAAUUUCCCUCCAUUUUUGAAAACUAUAACCUUUGUCUUAUCGAUAUUGACCUUCAAUGUCCAUUUGUUACAAUAGUACUUAAGUUCAUUUAUUAACUUUUGAAGUCCAGGCAAUUUGCUCGAGAACCUAACUAUAUCAUCAGCAAAUAGGAGUAGAAAAAGUUUAAUGGUGGAGUUGGAUGCCUGCGUUACAAUUUUCAGAUAUUUGUAUCGAAAGUUCAUUUAUGAAAAACGAAAACAGAAAUGGAAUUAGAAUACAUCCUUGUCUAACCCCAAUAUUACAAUAGAAGGAAUCAGUUAAGGUGUUUUUGUUUCGAACACAAACCUCCACACAUGAUAUAUGCAACAUGGUAAUUUAACAAUUUUAGUUCUGAUACCUUGAGAUUUGCAAAGGGACCACACCACGUUUCUGUUAAUUGAGACAAACGCUUUAGCAAAAUCAACAAAUAUAGCAUACAUUUUUCUCCUAUUGUGCUAAAUAUCUCUGUACUAGUGUCUGCAAUAUAAAUACAUCAUCAAUGUAUCCACGCCUGAAACCGCCAUGAGACUCAUCUAUCUUAAUAAAGGAAUCGGUCAAAAAUACUAAACGUUUGUGUAUAAUACUGGUAAAGAUCUUACAGAAAACACUCAAAAGAGUUAUACCCCUAUUGUUGUUGGUGACAUUAGUUGAUCCCUGUUUGUGCAAAGGAAUUACAAUCCCCAAAGUCAGCUGUUCUGUUCUGUUAUUUAAACAAUUCAGGAAUCAAGUUAUCGUCUAUAGAUGCUUAAUUACUUUUUAAGUUUGCAAUGCUUUCUAAAAUUUCGUUUCUUGUUAUAGGCAAAUCAAGAAUAUCUGAAGUUAAAUGACAAAAAGAGUUAUCAAAUGCAUUCGAUUCGUCGAUAUCAUAACAUCUAUCCUCGUUCUCUGUAGAAGUUGAAAAUAGAUCCUAGAAAUAGUUAAACCAAUCAUCAAUUGGAAUAUUGUUUUCUGCAUAACAAUUAGUAUUUAGUCUUUUAAGAGGGGUCCAAAAUUGUUUAGAAUCGCGUAUACAAUGUUCAAGAUUUUCCUGCUUCCCUUUCACUUUCUUUUCUCUGCAUACACUAUUAUAUUUAUUUCUAAUAUAAUUAUACUCAUAUAAUGAGUUAUUAUCCUUUUUUCUCCUAAAACUGUUUAAAUAUAUACAUUUUUCUUUUUUAAGUAGCUCAUAUUCACGGUCAAACCACUGUUGACGAGAUGUGUUAAAAGUACACCCUCUUUUCAUGUCACUUGCUGCCGUGCACAAGGCCUCUGACAUGUAUCUAACACUAUCGUCUAUAUUGUGUAACACUUCGUCAACAGCCUUUUCUAAUAAAGAGUGGCAUUCACUGCUCAACAAGUUGUACAUAAAUUGGUCAGCUUUAUCAUUUACCCAAACGAAUUGGAAGCCUUCUUUUACCAUGAGCUUGCACGAGUUCAGCCUGCACAGAAGUAUGUAAGCUAGCCAUGACAGGAAGAUGAA